AUGAUCGACGAUAACUCUGAAGAGGAGGGCCGACGCUACUGCCAGCUUCGCUCAGGAGACGCAAGCGCAGACCCACUGCCCCGCUUCUACUACGAGCCUCUCGAACCCCGCUGCAUCCGCAUCCUCGAACUCCAGCCUGGUCGACGAUCAGACCCGUUCCUAGGCAAAUUCAUCAUUGCGAACGUGGACAGUGACUUCGCGUACAAUGCGCUGUCGUACAUGUGGGGUGAUGCGACGCAGACCGAUCGGGUCGUUGUGGAUGGCGCCGCUAUACCGGUAGCCUGGAAUCUGACCAGAGCAUUGGAAUAUCUGCGCGACUUCGCGGGAUCAGAGCCACUAAGGAUAUGGAUCGAUGCGAUAUGUAUCGAUCAGAAUAAUUUUGAGGAACGAGCCGAACAGGUUGCCAUGAUGCGGACUAUCUAUCACAACGCUUCCUGUGUGCGGAUCUGGAUCAAUGAACCGUCUUUCGACGACCAGAAUGCGGCCGUAGCAGCUCUGAAUGCAUUCAAAAUCAACCCACAGACGGUGAAUCGUGGUCUGGGCGAUGAUGCCCUUUUCUGGGCCUCGCUCGUCUCAAUGCUUCAGAAUAGCUACUGGAAUCGUAUAUGGAUGUAA